AUGGAAGACGAAGACGUUGCAAUUUGUCUGCUACUCAGUCUUCCGAAGAGCUACGAAAAUGUGGUGCUCAACAUGGAAAUGAGCAGCACCGAGCUUCGCACUCAAGAUGUGGUGAGAGUCCUGACGAAUGAGCAUGCCAAGCGUCAAGGAGAAAAAGGGACAACGACAGCGACUACGGUGAAGGCUGAAGAUGCAAGCAAGGCAUUCAGCGCCGAGCGUGAGCCCUACCAAUGCACGUAUUGUGGUAAGGUGGGACACACGGUGGAUCGUUGCUGGACAAAACAGAAGAACGAAGGUCGGGGAGCCCGACGCGGCGGCAAUGGUCGUGGACGCGGGGCCAACAAUGUCCAGUGGGGACAUCAUGAUGAAUGCAAUGGCUACGAUCGAGUGGCGUUUGCAGUCUCGUUCGAAUGUGGAGUUUCGACGAGCAAGGACGUGUCUGGAAUGUGGCCCGUCGACAGUGGUGCAACGCACCACAUUUGCCACGACAAAACCAAGUUCGCAAGUUUGGCAGAGCGCAAUGAGGGCGAACUCUUGGUGGCUGAUGGCAACAAGGUGGCCAUCAAGGGUGUGGGAACCAUCAUGGAAAAGGUGGUUCUGCCCAACGGUGAAGAGCGUGAGAUCGAAAUCAAGAACGCGCUAUAUGUUCCAAGUAUGAGCAAGAACCUGCUCUCGGUGCCACAGAUUAACAGCCAUGGCAAGUUUCAAGUCGUGUUUGACGGGUCCAAGAUGUAUGUGACUCUCAAGAACUCACAGCAAGUGGUGGCGACAGCGGAUUUCGUGGAUGGGCUCUACUGGCUUCGGACGACUCAACGAUCAGCGAAUGUGACAACAAGUGGAACCAGUUGUGCCGAUCUACAUGCGAGAAUGGGUCAUGCAUCAGUCAAUGUACUUCGCAAGAUGAUCGCGACCAACAUGAUCAAGGAUGUGCGAGUCCCUCUCAAGUCGGGUGGAGCAACUACAUGUCAAGGAUGUCAACAAGGGAAAAUGGUCCAAAAACCAUUUCCAAGCAACCGAGACAAGCGCAGCUACGAUACGUUUGAGCUACUUCAUCUGGACAUCUGCGGGCCCAUGGAAAAGGAUUCGCUCGGUGGCAGCAAAUAUUUGCUGCUGAUCAUCGACGAAGCCAGUGGAUGCAUGAAGGGCUUUUGUCUACGAGUGAAGUCCGAGAGUGAAGACUACAUCCGGAAAUAUAUCACCAUGGUACAGACGCAAUUCUGUAAGAAGGUCAAGUUCGUGCGACACGACGGAGCUCGCGAGUUUGCAACCAACUCGCUUCAGCUGUUCUACGAAGACGAAGGCAUUGAACAGCAGACGACGGUGCCCAUGCUUCACCAUGCCAAGUUGGACAAGUGCUUCUGGGCUGAAUUAGCAAUGACGGUCAUCUACGUCAAGAAUCGCCUACCGUCACCUAAAGUCGUGCAUAAGACCCCGUUUGAGAUCGUCUACAACUUGAAACCAAGCGUCAAGCACAUGCGAACAUUCGGGUGUCAGACAUACAUACUGACGCCUAAAGAGAAUCGACUCAAGUGGGAUCCAAAGGCUCGCGCUGGCAUAUUCGUGGGCUACGAAGAAGUUUCGAAGGCAUAUCGUGUUUAUGACAUCGAGGCGGGGCAGGUGGUUAUCAGCCGCGAUGUCAACUUCGAAGAGUCCACCUUUGGACUUCAACUGCCGAUCACUGAUGAAGAUGUCGAUGACCUGGACUUCGAAUUGCUGGAUCUUGAUGACGAAGAGCUGCGUCAAAUGGAGUACAAGCAAACAGGCAAGCGCAAGAACCGACUCAAUGAUGAAGAUACAGCACCUCCACGACCGCGUGCAGUGCGUCAACGACCAGGACUAGAAGAGUCAAGCGCGCCGGAAAACAACUCGUCACGACAAGAAGAAGACGAAGAAACGAAGGAUUCUGGUGAUUCAACACCGCCUGUGUUUUGGCGUGCGAGUGCAAAUGCCGUUGAAGCAGCAGUGAACUUAUCAGAGCCCUCAACAUUUGAAGCAGCAGUAAGCGACCCUGACCAAGUGCACUGGAGAAAAGCAAUUCAUGCAGAGCUCGAGUCAAUGCGACUUCGCGGUGUGUUUCGUGCAGCCAAGCUGCCCAACGGACAACGCGCCAUUGGCACAAAAUGGGUGUUCAAGAUCAAGCGCAAGGCGGAUGGGUCAAUCGAGAAGUACAAGGCACGACUUGUGGCCAAGGGUUUCCGCCAAAAGUAUGGCAUCGACUACACGGAGACGUUUUCGCCGGUAGUCAACUUUCCUAUACGGAGAAAUGAAGAGCAGGUAUUCUGCGCGAUCCCAGAAGGGAUCGAGGUUGAUGAAGACUUUGACUGCUUUGAACUGGUCAAGGCGAUCUACGGACUAAAACAAGCAUCGCGUGUAUGGAACGAGACUUUCCAUGAGUUCGUCUGCUCCACUGGAUUUCAAGUAUCCGAUUUUGACCCGUGUCUUUAUCUCAAGAUUACAAGUGGCGAGUGCGUGCUUUUGCUGGUAUACGUCAAUGAUGUGCUGGCGACUGGCAGCUCGACCGAACUGAUUAUGCGCACCAAGAGUGACUUAAAGGCGCGUUUCGAAAUGACUGACAGCGGCAAGUGCGCAUUCGUGUUGGGCAUCCAGCUGGUGGACAACGACAACGGUAGCGUGAAGAUACACCAGUUCUCGACUCAUACCAAGCACCGCAGCAAUGAAGUUCUCCACAUCAGCGCCAAGCUCAGCAGUAUCGGUGCCAAGAUGGAGGAUGAGGACGUGGCGAUCUGCUUGUUGUGCAGCCUCCCCAAGAGCUACGAGAAUGUCGUGCUGAACUUGGAGAUGAGCAGCGUGGAACUGCGGACGCAAGACGCCGUGAAAGAGCUGACGAGUGAGUACAUCAAGAGACAAGGAAACAAGGAAACAAGACGACGUCGGUGA